AUGGACGAGGUGCCGCUCACUUUCGACAUCCCGGUGAGUCACACUGUGGAGAAGAAGGGGACCAGCAUGGUCCGGGUUCUGGCCAUAGUUCUGCGGACCGAGACAGUCGCCUAUCGAUGCAUCUUCUGCUGCAGCAGCUGCUCAGAGUCUCUGCAGGCUUCAGGAAAAUCCACAGAGAUCACUUUGGAUUCGCCUACGGAACCGCCGACAUCAUGUGUCCCGUCCCAUCGGGCUGGCGAGGAACCGACCCACAUCACCGUGACCUCUGCUGCAGCACCACCUGGAGAUUGUCUUCUGGAAAAGUCCCUGGAGGUGAAGAACCAGGAAGCAAAGAGCGACUCUUUCCCUUCUAACUUCACCGUCUGCCUUUCAACCAUGUUUGACUUCACCAAUGUUCUGCAGCUGGUUCAGAGCUUGGAGAUGCUGCUGAUCCUGGGAGUGAACAGAGUUGUUGUCUAUAAAACCAGCUGCAGCCCUGAAACUCAGCGGAUCCUGGACUACUACCAACAGAGAGGUCUCGUGGAGGUGAUUCCUUGGUCUUUGUCCAGAUUUGUGAACGUUUCUCGUGGUUGGUUGCCUUUACAUGGUCCAGGUAAACUUCACUACUUCGGUCAGAUUCCUGCCCUCAAUGACUGCCUGUACAGGUCCAUGUACCGGUCCAGGUACGUAGCCCUGCAUGACAUCGACGAGCUCAUCCUGCCACAGACAGUCAGCAGUUGGUUGCAGCUGCUGCCGCUGCUGGAGAAGAAAUAUGGAACCAAAAAGUGCUUCAUGUUUGAGAAUAAUGUGUUUCCGAACUCCAUCACGCUACCGGAUCCAACCGGCCGAACCAUUAAGCAGGAUCGCUGGGUCAAUGUGUCCGGAGUGAACAUCCUGGAUCACCUGUACCAUGAACCAAUCAUCUCUAAGACCCACUACAGCAACUUCAAGAUCAUCGUGAACCCGCGACUCGUCUUCUCCACCUCCGUCCACGGAGUGCUGAGCUCAGUGGGUGGCUGCUCCUGGGUCAACCGGAACAUAGCCCGGAUGUACCACACCAGAGCUCCUCGACAAAUGUCACUGCCUCCAGAUCAGCUGGUUUAUGACGGCAGAUUGCUGAGCUACAGUGCCACCCUGAGGCCGGCUGUGGACGCUGUGUUGACAGACACUGGAUUCAUAGCAGAACACAGCGAGAGACAUUCUGCUGGAGAACCAUCAGACACGACGAUUCUUCUAGAGGAAGAAGCUGCUGCUCACUGACACUUUUGUUAAAUGGACGACCAGCAGAAACUGCAACCACAGGAAUAACAUUUAAGGACAAAAUAUCAGACUAGAGAACCUGAAGAACUCCAGGUAGAUCUCACCUGGCCUUCUCAGAACCUUCUGGUUCUUUAUUAAUGAUCAGAGUUCUACCUUCAUAGUAUGAAUAUCUCCAGAAUUCCAAGUCCUUGAAGUCCAUAGAUGUGGGUCCAGAUUUAUCACUUUGUAAUGGAGGGUUAUAGUCCAUGGGCCAGCACAGUGUCCUUUAAUGAAGUCCAGGGUUAAAAAAAAUGCCCACAAAUUCUGUUCUUGGUGUGGGGUCCCCGUGUCUGUUGGGGUCGGGGGGUCUGGGUGCCGGCACCUCCAGCGGGCAUGGCCUGAAGCUCCUCCCAGUGUGGACGGCCCAAUGGAGGCGUUUUCCACGGUCGUCGGUGUCGUGCCGUGUCUCCCCGCGGCCGGUGGUAAGGGUGUGUGUGCUUGUGCAGUUGUGCGUCUAUAUGGAAGAAGGGUGGGAUGGGUCUUUUUGUUUUUAAAUGUUGUACAGCACUUUGCGUUGCAUUCCUUGUAUGAAAAGUGCUCUAUAAAUAAAGUUUGAUUGAUUGAUUGAUUGAUUGAUUGCAAAGGAAACCUGUGAGAGAUGUGUCUACAGAUGCUAGAACAACCACCAAAACAUUAGUUAAUGACUUAGAGAAGUCAGGAAUUGUAGCAUCAAAGGAGAUGGUCCCUAGAGCCCUGCACAGAAAUGGACUGAACCCGAACCCUCCAGUUCCCCAGAAGAGAAACCUUCAAGCCAGACUGAAGUCUGCUGAGGACAACCUGGAGAAAGAUUCUGAAGAUGAGACCAAACUAGAGCUCUUUGGUCGUAGAGACGUUGCUUCUGUUUGGAGAAAGAAGGGAGAGGCAUAGAACCCAAAGAACUCCGUCUCCACAGUUAAACACGGUGGUGGCAGUAUCAUGCUGUUGGAUGCUUCAGUGCAUCUGGAACUGGGAAUCUGGUCAAGGUUUAAGGAAUCAUGAAGAAAGAAGGAUAUCUGAAGAUUUAGAAAGAAAACCUCCAGCAGUCAGCUGCUAAACUGGGUCUGGGUCUUCCAACAUGACAACGACCCAAAACUUCCGUUCCUGGUGAAGAUCUACCUCCAGAAGACCAAGUGAACGUGACUGACUGGCCUGCACAAAGCCCUGACUGGGAUCCCACUGAAAAUCUGUGGGGUCAACUGAAGACCAGGGUCCAUGCCAGAAGACCAUCAGAUCUGGAGGAUUCUGAGAGGUUUACCAAAGAAGAACGGGCUGGGAUUCCUCAGGAGACGUCAGAGACUCGUUACAAACUACAACAAACGACUGGAAGCUUCUAUCCAGCAAAAAGGAAACACGACUGACUGUUAGCAUCAAGGGGGCUGAUAAUGACCCUGGUAGUUUUUGUUUUUUGUUAAAUAAUCUUGUUUCUGAGUGCAAAAUAAAAUAUUGUAAGCUCCAAAAUAAAACCAGGAUAUUUGGAAAAGUUGUUAAAAAUUCCUUGAUCUGUUUAACAGCGCUUGAGAAUUUUAAAAAAAAUCUUAAAUUUCAUAGCAGGCCUAAUAAUUUUGUCUUCAACUCUACUUGUGAUUUUUAGGAAUUUCUUUCUUUGGUGCCAAAAAGCAGCACUGGGCUUUAAUGGAUGCUGCUUGUUUACACAGAAGGACCAUCACUGGGUCAGGAGUAAAUUAAUCAGUUAUUCCAUCUAUAUAAUAACAUACAGUAUCUGUACUGUAUACCAUGGCCUAUGGGGUCAAGUUUAAAGGUUUACCCAGUUAAUUUAGUCUAGGAUUAACGGUAUAUUAGCAGGUACACACAUCAACAGCAGUGUGAUGCUCGUUUGUGCUUCACAAUUCAAAAAACUGCUGCCUUCAGUUUCACAUAUCAGGAGACACAGAGGAUGAAAUCCACCAGUUAGAGUCCUCAGACACCAGAAAC